AUGUGUAAGAUCUGGUAUAUCAAGUACUCGUGCGGGUGCACGGUCCGCCAGGAUGCUCCUUGUGCGGAAACCCCCAACACCCUCGGAACCUGCUCCAGAGGACUCGAGGAGAAAGAUCAAGCUUUCGCCGACAUGCGCGUCGAAUGGUAUUGGCAGAGCGACGGCCAGCGACAUGUCGUCAAGCUGCGGCCGUAA